AUGGGUAAGAGAAAGAAGAGUACCAGAAAACCAGUCAAAAGACUAGUACAAAAACUAGACACACAGUUUAAUUGUUUAUUUUGUAAUCAUGAUAAAUCGGUGACCUGCACCUUAGACAAGAAGAACGGUAUUGGCUCGCUUAGUUGCAAAAUUUGCGGUACUAAUUUCCAAACCAUGAUAAAUACAUUGAGUCAACCAGUAGAUGUAUAUAGUGAUUGGUUUGAUGCUGUAGAGGAAGUUAAUGCAAACGAAAACAACGAGGAAGAAGAUGAUGAAGACGGUUCUAGCACCAGAAGAAGAGUUGUAGCGGGUGGAUCUUCUGAUUCCGAUUCAGACUAUGAAUCCGAUAGCGAUGAAGCUGGAUCUGCAGCUGCUAUUACUAAAAAGAGUAUAUCUGCCAGACCUACAUAUAGUGAUGAUUCAGAUGAAGACGAUAGAAUAGAAAGGACAAAACGGACAGCUGCAACUUUUUCGGAUGAUGACUAA